AUGCCUCACGUCGACAUCUUGUUCAACCAGUUGCGGAAGAGAAAAACCGAGCCAGCGCAAGAUAAAACGGCUAUCGAUAAUUUUGAAAAAUGUAUUGCCGAUGUGAGAAAUAAAAUUGAUGAGAUAAUAAAUGAAGCCAAAAGUAUUUGCACUGAACCCCAAGGCAACAAAAGGAUACGACGUAAUAAUAGCAGUCACGAUCACCGAGUUGCCGCAUUAGAAGUAUGCGACAAUAUAGGGAAUUCUGCAAAUGACAGAUUUCAAUUCAAAGAUCAUUUGGUAGCCGCAUCCCUUUUUUUCCCCGAACACUUUGGAGAAUACUGUGGUAAGCUUCCUGAUGACAAGUUGGAAACUACCUGCUUGGCUUAUCCCGAAUUAGAAAAAAGUCGUUUAAAUACAGAGUAG